AUGAGAGAUGGAGCAAUAAAACCAAACGGUGAUCAGGAAGAUGCCGAUGAGAGCGAUGAUGAUGCGGUGCUAUCGGAGACGUUGCGCGAUCUUAACGUGAUGAAUAUGGAUAGAGUUGAGGAAAAAAUCUGUCAGGUGUUCCGAAAAUAUGGCGCCAGCAUGGUGCCUAGCCAACAGCAGCAUCUGUCGGUGUUUUCGUCGGGCACAGGUAUUACUGUAGCCAAAAUUGACAGGACCAAACACAUUAACACCCCGUCGAUGAAAGGCAUCCAGGGUACUCCACAGCCGUCCGUUGUCCGAAAGGUCGUCAAAGAACAUUCGUCGGUAAUAGCUCUUGGAAAAAAAAUGUCCGUGCUGGACUUGCAGCCUAAUGAUCGUGAUAUCCAUGAUGUUACUGUACACGUUAAUGAUAACGUUAACCAUAACGAUAUCGUGCUUGACGGUGGUGUUGCCGAUGGGUCUGUGGCUAAUAGAGAGUGCGAUCAUGGCGUGUGCACGAGUGAACUUCAACCACCACUCAUAAACGAGGAUGGUUCGGUAAACAUAACACGACUGCAUGCUGUAAUUCACAAGCUACCAAACUGGAAACAACUAAGAGUGGUAUUGAAAUUGAUGUCUAUUAUGGGUGAUCCUAUAGCAGAUUUUCCGGAAAUAAUCGAACUAAACAAAUUGCGGAGAUGGUAUGAAUUACGGAUAAAUGAAAACAAACACAUGACAUCUAGAAUGAAACAAAAGUUGAUGUUUAAAUCGAUAAACGCGUGGAGUGCACCGCGACCCAAACUGACGUCAGUAAAUAUACCGAGUAAUCCAAUGCAAAGUGAAAACAAUAUCGAUGCCGAUGCGAUGAAAAUCACUUGGAAUCAAUUGAAUGAAAUGAAACGCAAGAUCAAGAAAACCAAAUCUGAGUACACCUUAAAACUUAAAGGAAUAGCGAUGAACAACUCAAGGACAGUGUACCAGACUAUGCAUAAUGAUUAUUACAAUAGUCGUCUGGGCAGAAAUUUUAAACAAUCAUACUACGAUUAUUUCCCGGCUAAGGUGGAUGAUUGCUUGUUUGAGUAUGUAGCUGAUAUAACAAAGACCUAAAUAAUAACAAUAAUUACAUAAAACUUCCGUAAUCUAUAUUUCACUAAUACGCACAUUAUUUACAAAAAUAAAUU